GCCCCGAAGAGAAAGACACUGCCGGGGAGUAGGAAGGAAGACACGACUGGUGCGACCGCGGUGUUACAAUAUCAAUCGGCGGCGACGUCACUCGAAAGUACACACCGCAGGCGGUGAAAUUAUUAAAAUGCAGCCGGCGGUGGUGGCAUUGAAAGCGAGAGUGAGUGCCGUGUGCUCCGUCGGCGCGCCUUCGCAUCCAGCGGCCGCAGCUCCCCGCGAAUGCACCUAGCUUGCUCGUCCACUCGCGAUCAGCUUCUGCCCUGCACAUUCUGCACCGCGGAUUGGGUGACUUGCGGCUACUGUCCUCAAGUCGGGCGCCAGCCUCGAAACACAAACACGCGGCGGCCCGACUCGAAUUUCCAUUGACAGGGAACAAUUUGCGACAAUCAAGCGAAAUCGGAGAAGCAUGAAGUCCUCCCGCGAGAACAUUGUCCACGGAGAGGUGGUGGACGAAGCAGCCUCCGAGGACCAUGGGGGCACAGACAACCCAGCAUUGGCGGUGGAGAUCGCAAACGAGCCGGUCAUGCCCAAGAAACCAGAAUUCUCCGAGGAGGAGCUUCGCUCCAUGGUGGCUGACAAACCGGCUGACCUACCCCAACCACCCGUCUCCAAGCUCAGGAGGGCGGCUCCACAGGUUUUAGCGACGAUGGCGAAGAACCUGUUGCUCCUGGCGUACGGAAUGACCAUCGGCUUCCCGACAAUUGUGAUUCCGACGCUACAGAACGGCGAGGAGCCCAAUUUACAGCUUACACCUGAACAGAUCUCGUGGUUCAGCAGCAUCAAUCUGAUAUGCGUGCCAAUCGGUGGACUGCUGUCGGGGGCGCUGACCAACUUCAUGGGCCGCAAGAAGGCCAUGAUGCUUGUAAACCUGCCCAUCCUCGUCGCGUGGAUCAUGCUGCGCUACACGCAGAGCAUCCCGCUGCUGUACUUCUCGCUGGCGCUGACCGGCUUCACGGGCGGCCUUCUCGAAGCGCCCGUCCUGACCUACGUCGCCGAAAUCACCACUCCCGAGAUGCGUGGCAUGCUGGCCUCCACGUCGAGCAUGAGCAUCAUCGCGGGCACCUUCAUCCAGUUCGUUUUGGCCACUGUGCUGCCGUGGCGGGACAUCGCCGCUUACAACAUCAUCGCGCCAGUAAUUGCGUUCUGCUGCCUUUUCCUCGUGCCUGACUCUCCCUACUGGCUGGCGACUAAGGGUCGAGAUGCCGAGGCGCACAAAUCACUCGCCUGGCUGAGAGGAUGGGUUACGCCAGCUGACGUUCAGGAGGAAUUUGAUUAUCUCCUGGAGACGGUCAAAACGCCAAAGAUCAUGGGUUCCCUCAGCAACGGGCAGAUGACCAAAAUGGAAGUUUUCAAAAACAACCUCAAACCCUACACGAGAGCCACUUUCAUCAAGCCGUUCAUCCUCGUGUCGGCUGCGUUCUUCUUUGGACACUUUUCCGGCAUGACCACCCUUCAAACCUACUCGGUCAGCAUUUUCGAGCAGCUCGGCGCGCCAAUCGACCCCUUCUUGGCCACCAUGCUCUUGGGUCUGGUCCAACUAACCGGCACUUUGCUCUGCGUCAUUGCAGUGCACUGGUCAGGAAAACGACCUUUGACUUUGAUUUCAACGGUUGGGGCCGCGAUAUGCUUUGGGGUAACGGCAACCUAUGACAUCGUACGAAGGCACGACCCCACUGUCACCGCAUCGUGGGUGCCGCUGACAUUCCUGCUGUCCUCUGCUUUCCUGACGCACAUGGGCAUCAGAUUGCUGCCGUGGAUCCUCAUAGGCGAGGUUUUCCCGGCCGACGUGCGAGGAAUGGCCAGCGGCGCCGCCAGUUCUGUUGGCUAUAUUUUCGGGUUUUUGGCCAACAAGACGCACUUCUCCCUAGUCAGUGCGGUCACCCUGGCUGGCACCUUUUACAUUUACGUCGGCGUGUCUUUGACCGCGACGGUCCUCUUCUACAUUUUCAUGCCGGAAACCGAGGGCCGAACGCUUUUGGAGGUUACACGGCACUUCGCUGGCCACAAGGCACCUGGAUGGAAACGGAGAAUACCCAAGAAAUCGAAGCAAGACAGCGAGAGUAUGGAGCGGACAGACGGUUUUGGGGACGUGUCACAAGUCAAUCAAGACAACAUAAAAAGUGUAAAUGGGGACACCCACUUGUGAGAAGCGAGACUGCCGAUUUUUAGGCAGACGCAAAUAUGUUCAAAGAACCAUUAACAUUACAUUUAUAGGUUAGUGCUAUUUUAUCAUAUGAGUGACCUGAAUCUAUUUUCAAAUAAAGAAAAAUAGCUCUUAA